AUGUCUUCUACUCAAGGUAAGCCAAUUCAAUGUACUGCUGCCGUUGCUUAUGCUCCAGGUAAGCCUUUAUCUGUGGAACAAAUUAUUGUUGAUCCACCAAAGGCCCAUGAGGUUCGUAUUAAGAUCACUAAUACUGCCAUCUGCCAUACCGAUGCUUAUACUUUGUCCGGUUCCGACCCAGAAGGUGCAUUCCCAUGUAUCUUAGGUCAUGAAGGUGCAGGUAUUGUGGAAUCUGUUGGACCUGACGUCGAUACUGUUAAAGUAGGUGAUCAUGUUAUUGCUUUAUACACUGCUGAAUGUGCUAAAUGUAAAUUCUGUAAAUCUGGUAAAACUAAUCUCUGUGGUUCCGUUAGAGCUACCCAAGGCAAAGGUGUCAUGCCUGAUGGUACCACUAGGUUCCACAACUUAAAAGGUGAACCUUUACUUCAUUUUAUGGGUUGUUCCACUUUCUCUGAAUACACUGUGGUGGCUGACGUCUCUGUGGUCGCCAUCGACCCAACAGCUCCAUUAGAUAAAGUUUGUCUUCUAGGUUGUGGUGUCACCACUGGGUAUGGGGCCGCUAUUAAAACUGCUAACGUUCAAAAGGGUGACACCGUGGCCGUCUUUGGCGCUGGCACUGUAGGUUUAUCCGUGGUUCAAGGUGCUAAAGCUAGAGAAGCUUCUAGAAUCAUCGUUGUCGAUAUCAACGACGACAAGAAAAAAUGGAGUUUUGAUUUUGGUGCCACCGAUUUUGUUAAUCCAUUAAAGGACUUGGAAGAAGGUGAGACAAUAGUAUCCAAAUUGGUCGAAAUGACCGACGGUGGUCUUGAUUUCACCUUCGAUUGUACCGGUAACGUUAAAGUCAUGAGAGACGCAUUAGAGGCCUGUCAUAAAGGCUGGGGUCAAUCCAUCAUUAUCGGGGUCGCUGCCGCUGGUCAAGAGAUAUCGACAAGACCAUUCCAAUUGGUCACUGGUAGAGUAUGGAAGGGCAGUGCUUUUGGAGGUGUUAAGGGUAGAUCUGAAAUGGGCGGUUUGAUUAAAGAUUACCAACAAGGUAAGUUGAAGGUCGAUGAAUUUGUUACCCAUGUUAGACCAUUUAAUGAAAUUAAUCAAGGUUUUGAAGACUUACAUCAUGGUGAUUGUUUAAGAACCGUAUUAAAUUUUUAG